GGGAAACGACUGGCGGCGGCGCUGCGGGCACGCCGAGCUCGUCGGCGGCAAGGGGACAAGCGGCGUCGAUGGAGCUUCCGAUGUUGAGGACGGAAGGGCAUGGAGGCCCGAUGUACGGGUCUGAUUCACCAAAAUUCAGUAUAGAGCUGCAUCAUGGUGGUUUCUUCAUGGGGAAAGGAAAUAACUUGGCAUAUUUGGAUGAGAAAUUAUCAUUGUUUGAUAACCUUGACAGGAACACUUUCUGCAAUGAUAUGAUUGACUAUAUGCUUCAGCAGUUAAACUAUGCAGUUGAUCAGCUAGAAAAUGUGUUGUGGUGCCCACCUGGUAAAAUAGUAGCUAAUCUGGUCCCAAUUGACUUUGAAUUAGACUGUCUCAAGAUGGCAAGAGCUUCUGUGCAUUCUAAGGUCCUUGUUUUAUUUGUGAAUCAUGUGAAAAGAAGUGAGGAAGAUGACAUUGCUUAUAGGGCUGGGCCUGAACUGCCUCGAGUAAUACUUAGCCCUAUAAGCAAAGAUAAAUUGAGGCACAUGAAAUCAUAG